AAAGAUAUAUAUUUUAUAUAUAUAUACACAUUUAAAGCCCGUGGCUUUUAGCCAUCACGAUUGCAUGCUUAGUAGCUGCAUCCAAGCACUCUCUCUAGGCUCCCAGCCUGGCGGCUCCAGCACAGCCCUCCCCUCCUUUCCCCCAGAGAAAGGCAUUUCAGGUCACUUGAAUUAUUUAGCGGGGUGUUUUUAACCAUCUCAAGGGCUUUGCUCCUGCCGCGCGGUGCCUGCAGAGCUCGCGUUUGUGGGUUUAUUUUAUUAUUUCUUUUUUUUUAGCACGCGAGGUGGAGUUGCUCCACUUCCCUGGCAGAAGGAGGAGAUAAAGCGCGGGGGGAAGGCGAGAGGGGCGGCUUAGCGUCUGGAGGGGAGGGGAAAGGCCGCCACACCUGCGGGCCGCGCUGCCCCCUCACGCCCGGCCCUGGCCGCCGGGACCGCUCACAGGGUCGCUCUAACGCAGCUCUUUCUGUCUCUUCUUUCCCUCCCGCCCCUGCCGAUCCUCCUUUCCCUGUCGCUCCUCAUUCAUCCUCCCCUCUCCCGCCCCCUCCCCGUGCAGGCGAAGCGGGCGCGGCAGGAGGCGGAGCGGGCCGCCGCACGUCCCCCGGCCGGCCGGCCGGCCCCCCCGCCAUGGGUCGGAAGCGCUGCGUGGGGGGAGACGGCUCCAAGAUGGCGGCGGGUUGCUGCGGGGUGAAGAAGCAGAAACUCUCCAGCUCCCCUCCCUCGGGCUCGGCCGGCCCGGGUGGCGGCGGCGGCGGCUCCCACUGCGGCGGGGCGGCGGCGGCGGGGGGCGAGCCGGGGGCGCUGCCCCCGCCGGGCGGCCCCCGCCUGAACGGCAUCGGGGGGCUGGCGGGGGGCGCCGCCGGCUGCGCCCUGUCCCCGCCGCUGCCGCCCAGCUGCGGCGGGGGCCCCGUCGGCCUCUCCCCGCCGGCCUCCUCGCUGCUCGCCUCCCCCGGCUCCGGCGGGCCCGGCUGCAGGAAGAUGGUGGUGUCGGCCGAGAUGUGCUGCUUCUGCUUCGAUGUGCUUUACUGUCACCUGUACGGAUACCAGCCCCCGCGGAGCCCCCGCUUCACCAACGACCCAUACCCACUGUUUGUAACGUGGAAGAUCGGUCGAGAUAAACGAUUACGUGGAUGCAUAGGUACUUUUUCUGCCAUGAACCUGCAUUCAGGACUCAGGGAGUACACACUUACUAGUGCCCUUAAAGAUAGUCGUUUCCCCCCAAUGACGAGGGAUGAGCUGCCACGGCUUUUCUGCUCAGUGUCUCUACUCACUAACUUUGAAGAUGUGUGUGACUACAUGGAUUGGGAGGUGGGUGUCCAUGGCAUUAGGAUAGAGUUCAUCAACGAGAAAGGAUCAAAGCGCACGGCCACCUACUUACCGGAGGUUGCGAAGGAGCAAGGAUGGGACCACAUUCAAACCAUAGAUUCCUUGUUGAGGAAAGGAGGCUACAAAGCUCCGAUUACUAAUGAAUUCAGGAAAACAAUAAAGCUAACCAGGUACCGCAGUGAGAAGAUGACGAUGAGCUACACAGAGUACCUUGCCCAUCGUCAGCAUCAUCACUUCCAGAAUGUAAAGAUUCCAUGUAGCUCUGUACAGGAUCUCCAGAUCCAGCACAAACAGCUGGAGCACCAAGGCUGACAUACAAAAUGCUUUUUUCGGAUGAAGAGAAGCAACUCAUGUACAUCGAGAGGUGAUGUUAACAAGGCAGCAUUUUCAGAAUCAAGUGGCCUAAAUGAUUUGGGCACAAUCCAAUCCAGGACCCUUUUGUGUCCCAUCCUGUGCUGGGAAUUACAGGCAGCCCAGGCCUGUCAGGAGGAGUCACGAGAAUGCAUUUGUAAUGAGAUGAUGCCUUUCUGAUGACUCAAAUUAGGAGUGACAUUUGUAUCCUAAAAGCAGAUUGGUGAGUAGCAGAUGUCAUAUUAGGAAGAAAAUGGAUUUAGAUUUUAGUGCCUUUGACUAUAACAUAAUUAUAUACUUAUAUAUAAAAUUCAUAGAAAACAUAUACUCCAGACAUUUUAGCAAACCCUGUUGAGGCUGCUCUGGCAUCAAGGUUUUGGACACUUUUUUUCCUCUUUAAAGUGAGAUUUAUUUUUUUUAUUAGCAAACUUAUUUUGGAAAAGAGAAAUCCCUGUUUUGUUCUUCAUCUGGUCUUGGACUUACUGAGUUUUAUCAAGUCAUGAAUAGUUGGAUCAAGUUAACUUUUUUUUAAUAAAAGAAAAAAGACUGUUGUGAGAGAGCCAGGACAAGUAUGCCAUAAUGUUACAUGUUUUCAUCUAUUGCAGGAAUAGUGCUUGAGAGCUGUAAGUACUGUGUAAUAAUUCUGAUACCCCUCCACACGGUAGAAGAAAGAAAACCGAUUGGAACUUUUUCCUGCUGUAAAAAUAGAAUUUAGUAAAAGGUAUGUGUGGUCUGUUUGCAAGGCCAGUCGAUGGCAGGAGCUCACUGCUUCCUCCUGUGCCUGCAGAACUCCCACUGCUGCCUGUUGCAGCAUAGGCUGCCCGUUACAGAAAAGACCUUCCUAAUCUGAGUGAGUAAACCACAGUAAGCAGAAAUUCCAGUUACUUUGAAUAAUGAAUGUUUGUAAGUACACAGAUAUAUAAAAAUCAAAUAGAUAAAAUUCAGUUUUAAAAAAAAUUGGAUUAACUGUAAAAGUGUUUCAAUAGGGUUUCAAAGUCAGAUAAAUUAUGCUCAUCCCUUAUGUGAGGUUAGGUGUGCCACUUAAUUUCUAUGGAGGUUCUUGUAGAAGGUCUUUGGUAUUCCUUCAUCCACAGCAUUUAUGUCUAAAUAUUACCAUUUUCAGUUGCGAUGCCUUAAUUUUUAAGCAGAGGGCCUGAAAUUUCAGGAGCCAGGAGAUGCCAGCCAGAAGCUGCAAAAAUGAGUAGAUGUUUAUACAGAGGCUAUUUUGGAUGAUACUGUUGUCUUGUUUCUACUUGGGGAACACUUUUAGAUUAAUUAGUCUUCAAGUGGAAAUGUGAACAAGUGGCUACCUGAUAGAGUUGUGUUGGUUUUUUUUUUCUUGCCCUUAUAGGGAACCUGAGCACAAACUGAAUCAUUCUGCUGCGAAAAAAAGUCAUCCAACCCCAUCUUUAUCUGUCAUCUCGUUACAGCUCGCUCGUGCUUCUGCAUGAGCUCAUUGUUAGAAGUUUUUUAAAAAGAUCUAUUAUAUAUAAAAAUAUAUAUGUAUUGAAAGGUGCUAAUCAACCUCAAGAAGGUCACGUGACUGGUCAUGCGGAUCUAAAAUCAUAUCAGAUUUUUUAAGAAAUCUUCGAUAUAUGCAGAUGUUAUACAGAAUUUCUUACCAGUGUAAUAAUGAUAUACUGAUGAAUAAACAAUCCUGCAGGAUUUUAAGGACAAGGUCAGCAAUACUUCCCACCAUGGCUUGGGGGAGAAAAGGAUAGUUUUGUCUCCUUUUUGUAUACAGCAUAAUGCACAAUGCAUUUUUGUCUAUCUCUUAGUAGCUGUUGCUUAAAAAUAUAGUUCAAGGGUGUUAUACAAACUGUAAAGGUGUGCUUUUGAACCGAGCUCAUGCCAGACCCUUCUGGACCAGAGUUUUGUAUCACUAAUUUAAAAACUGUUACAGAGUCUGUGGUCAGUCAGAUUGUAUGAUUUUUUUUUUUUUUAAGAUUGGAAUAAUCAGUCUACCUACAGUGUUUCUAGGGCACCUACCUCCUCAGCACACUGUGCUGAACUGCUGCAGAUUAUUUCUCUGUAAUUGUGGGAUUCUUUGUACCAAACGUGCAGCUCACUGUGACAUGCACUGGCACAGAAUAGGUCUGUUUGCUUAAAGCUAAUCAGCAAUUGCUCUCACAAAUGUCAUUCCCUCGUAGUUACAUUUAGUAGCUUUUAGCUGUAUUGUUGGGGUUAGCUACAGAUUUGUUUUUCAUUUGGGGUACUUUAUAGAAAUUAAGGUACAACCAAGUAGCUUAUUUCACUGUUAAGUUGAAAUGCUGAUUUUUUUUUUUAUGAGCACUACUCAGUUUGCCUUAUUCCAUUGAAGAGAUUGUUGGUUGGGUUUGGUUUUUUUUUUUUUUUUCAUUCUCUUGCCUAAUGUUCCUAAAAACUCUGUUCUGUAAACUGAGUUAGACAACCAAACCAUAGACUUGACACGAAGCUGUUACUUGGUGAUGCUUCAAGUGUCCUUCCUGCUGCCAUCCCAGCAGAUGCUGCUCCGGCAGGGGUGGACGCUCCGGUCCUGACCUCAGCCCCGCUCUGGAACCAAGGUGGGCACAGCCCUGGCACACCUGGAGUUUGUAUAUGGACCUCUACUUGUCUUCAACUGUGCGGGUUUUUAAAACUGUUGUCUGGAGUAGGUUACAUCUCUUAUGUGUGUUAGAUCGAACCAAAGAAGCCUCCAGCCAUGCCCAAAUGCUGCUCCUAAAGCCUGCCUUCCAGUCCUUACAAAAUCCCUGCAGGAUUAAAUGUGUUAACUUUUUUAUUUUUGUACAGUUUCUAACUGAUUUUUGCUAGUGAUGUUAAUUGAAUUAAGUUUAUUUGGGGAGUCUGAGUAUCUCCUCCAUUUAAAUAAACUGGUGACUUUCAUUUUAUGUUAAAAAAAAAAAAAGUUUAAAAAAAAAAAAAAAAAAAAAAAGAGAAACCCAAAGUGUGCCUCUCAGAUUUAAGGGUUUCUGGUUACAUUUAUUCUUAAGACCAGCAAUGAUACUUUAUAUACAAAGAUAUGUUUUCCUCAUUUUUUAUUACUGUCAAAGAAAAAAAAAAUAAAAAAGAAAAACCUCUUUCUUUGCUCUGGACUCAGUAAUUGCGCUGGUACAUAAACGCACUGAGAAAACAAACUUUUGUUUGAAACUUUUGUAACAACUUAUGACUGUUUUUGUAUAUCAAAGUUGAUUCUUUUCAAGAUAUUUGGAUCUAGUUUCUAAGUUAUUUUAGGGUUUUAUAUGUUACAAAAAAAAACAAACUUACUUUAAAUUGUUCACCAGCAUCUUGAGUUAUCUUCAAUGCCAUGGUGACACACAGUGGGCUUAGAGCUACCUGGAGUAGCUUGUAAGGCCUCGGUCUUUUCCUUCCUUCCUUAGCAACUCAAUUGAUUACAGUAAUCACAGAUUACCUGAACCCCCUUCCUUUAUAACUAGAUCCUUCUUCCUUCCACAUUUAAUUGCUAUUAGUGUGAAGAAACUGUUGAAAUGGGCAUUUUAAUAUAAGUACGGCUUAAAAAGAGAAAAAUGAGGAAAAAGAAAAAAAAAUGCUAGAAGGUUAUCUGUGGGUCUGUGAGAUAUGGCUGUGGAAAGAUAUUGUAGUAGUUUUAACACUAUUGUUAUUACCUUUUAAAUCAUUUACCCAAUAAAAUAAGGAAAAAUAA